AUGUCUCUUGGCACUGUUAAAAUGUCCAGGGCUACUGGGGCAAAAGAGCUCAAUCACCACCAACGCACUGCUGGUAGAAGGGCCGACCAACCGCGGGACCCCCAACAAUUGUUGCUGCGAGAUCUGAAGCUGGAUCAGCCCCGGUCCCCUGAUCAUACCAGGGAUCCAAGGCAUCUUCAGACCAGAUAUAAUGCCUCUUCCAUUACUCAGGUAGUGGGCCCAACCGUCUGA